AAUAUGCACUAUUAUGCAGCGUAUGCAAUAAUAAGAGAAACAGUAUGUGAUAAUAAGCAUGUGGUGUUAAUAAACAUUAAUUAAUAUGCACUAGCUUGCAGCCCUGGUGUAAUAAUAAGAGAAACAAUAUGUAAUAGUAUGCGGCAAGCAUGCGGUGUUAAUAAUCAUUAAUUAAUAUGCAAUAGCCUGCAGCAUAUGGAAUAACAGGAGAAGCAGUAUGCGAUAGUAUGCAGCAAAUAUGCCAGGUUAAUAGAAAUAAUGUCAUCAGCAACAGGAAUAAUCUCUCUGAAGCUCUGUUUAGGAUCUUGGGAUUUGCCAGACUUAGAAGCAAAAGCACACCCAACUUUGAUGCACCACCUAGAAACCAGAGGGUCCUCUUCCUCAUACAAACUUGGAAAAUAAAAGCUUUGAAGUGCAGCAAAGAAGUGAAAUCUAUUGAGAAUAGUCUGUUAAGGGCUCGCAGGGGCAAAGGCAGCGGGAACUCAGCUCACCGAGAAGAUUGUGGAUACAAAUUGAGUGUAACAGGCAUCACAGCUAGAUGAAAUGAAUUGGUAAGAAAUUGAAGAGGAUUUUUCAUUUGUUAAACAGUUCUUAUCCUUGAACAGCACUGGAUUGCUUGGGUUCUUUAUAGCUGAUUCUCUUCUUAAAGGCCCUGACGAUCAACAUUGAUCAUGUCGUUCCGGUUUGGACAACACCUCAUCAAGCCCUCCGUUGUGUUUCUGAAGACCGAAUUGUCCUUCGCUCUCGUAAACAGGAAGCCAGUGGUCCCGGGACAUGUCCUCGUCUGCCCUCUCCGACCGGCAGAGCGUUUCUGCGACCUGCGUCCUGAAGAAGUGGCUGAUUUAUUUCGUGCAACCCAAAUGGUCGGGAACGUGGUGGAGAAACACUUCUGUGGCACCUCGCUCACCAUUUCAAUUCAGGAUGGCCCCGAAGCUGGACAGACGGUGAAGCACGUCCAUGUCCACGUACUUCCAAGGAGGGCUGGAGACUUCAGCAGAAAUGACAGUGUCUACGACGAGCUGGAACGCCACGACAAAGGCGAAGAGGAUGCCCCCAGCAAGUGGCGCUCAGAGGAGGACAUGGCAGCCGAAGCCGCAAGUCUGAAGAAAUAUUUCCAGUAAAAACAGAGGUGAGACACUGUCUGGAACAAAUCCUGAGGCACGCGAAACCCUAAAAAGGACUCGUGCUCUAGCUCUCCAUGGCACUGAAACGGCAGCUAAGCAUAUUUUAUUACAUUCUGCAAACACCGGCGUCUUCCUUGAAACAUUUUAUUACACCUUUGGAUAUCAUCAGGGUUGAAUUUCAUCUAAAACGACUGACAUCCUGGUUCCAAACAGCAUUUUGACUAGCGGCCUAUAUUUCCUGAACUGUGUGCUUUAGAGUGAGUCUUUUAAAAUUGUCCCUUGGCCUACAUUGAAAUAAAAUAUUAGCAGAAAUAUUUA